AUGCGGUUUGGUAAAACACUACGCAACGCGGUGUACCCGCCCUGGAAGGGAAAGUACAUCGACUAUACCAAAUUGAAGACCCUUCUGCGGGAACAUGAUGUCACUGGCGAGGAUGCUAGUGACUCGGACGACAGUCAAUGGACCGAGCAGGAUGAGGAGGCCUUUGUGCAGGAAUUGCUCAAUGUGCAGUUGGAUAAGAUAAAUACUUUCCAAUCAGAGACUUCGCAACAGCUCCGCGAGCGUACCUCCGCCUGCGAGACCAAGUUGCGCCCUUUGGCUCUCGCCGGAAACCAGGAAGAACCCGCCCUUGAUGAGCAAGAGAAGCGCAAGAUUGCUUCGGAAACCCUCCAAGAGCUGGACAGCAUCACCAAAGAGGUCAGCGAAUUGGAAAAGUACAGCCGCAUUAAUUUCACCGGCUGCCUCAAGGCAGCCAAGAAGCACGAUCGGAAGCGUGGCGCCCGCUAUCGUGUGAAGCCCCUCUUGCAAGUCCGUCUGUCACAACUGCCCUUUAACUCGGAGGACUACUCCCCCUUGGUACAUCGCCUGUCAGUGAUGUACUCGUUUGUGCGCGAGACCUUGAGUCAGGACAUUGUCCAGCCAAAGGAGAUGGAGCGUGGGUUUGACCGGGAUGUCUAUUCGUCCUACAAGUUCUGGGUGCAUGUCGAUAAUGUUCUUGAGGUCAAGACCUACAUCCUCCGUCGCCUGCCUGUGCUCAUCUACAACCCGGGGUCCUCUAAAAACCUGGAUUCCCUAACUGACGACCCCACGAUUACUUCGCUCUACUUUGAUAACUCCCAAUUCGACCUCUACAACCAAAAGGUUGCACGCGCCUCUGAGGCUGGCUCUUUGAGACUGCGCUGGACUGGUCAACUCAAGGACAAGCCGCCCAUCUUCUUAGAGAAGAAGAUCGUCACCGAAGACGAUAGCAGCCGUGAAGUUAAGGUGCAGCUGAAGGAGAAACAUAUCAAGGAGUUCCUAGACGGCGAGUAUCACUUGGACAAGAAGGUGCAUCGGAUGGAAGACAUGAGCAAUGGCGAGAGCUCGGCUGAAGCGGCGUCCCUGAAGAGCAGCGUGGAGGAGCUACAGUCCUUCAUCAAGGAAAACAACCUGCAGCCCAUGCUGCGUGCCAACUACACUCGCACUGCGUUCCAGAUCCCGGGUGACGAUCGCAUUCGUAUAUCCCUCGACACCAACCUUGCCCUGAUCCGUGAGGAUGCCCUCGACCGCGAGCGACCUUGCCGCGAUCCCUCCGAGUGGCACCGCACGGACCUGGAUAGCUCUACUAUGUCAUAUCCCUUCAGCGCCAUCAGAACCGGCGAGAUUGUCCGCUUCCCACACGCCUUGCUCGAGAUCAAACUCCGCGGUCGGGCCCACGAUGCUGAGUGGGUAAACGACUUGAUGUCUUCUCACCUCGUGAAAGACGCCCCCCGUUUCUCUAAAUUCGUCCACGGCACUGCGCAGCUGUUCGAAGAUUAUGUGAAUAGCUUCCCCUUCUGGCUCGGCGAACUGGAGAACGAUAUUCGUCGCGAUCCUGAGACAGCUUUCCAUGAGGAACAAGAGCGUCUAGCCAAGCGUGCCGAGGAGGAUAUAGCUGUUGGCAGUUUCCUGGGUGGAGCGGGUAGCCCCAGCGGUCCGCUGUCAGCAUCUCCUUUCAGCCGCUGGGGAGAGCCCGGAAACCGCUCUGUACUCCGUCGGCCUUCGGGCUUCAGUGAAGUACAGCAUCAGCCACGACCCCGCAUCUCAGCUGUCGAGCCCCAGCGUCGCGAGCCAGAGCCGGUCGCAGAGCCGGCCGCAGAAGCCGAUGUGCCUUCAUCCCGCUUUGCUUCUGUUAUGCAAUCCCUGGGCAUUUCCUCCAAAAACUGGACCGGACGGGAGGUCGUCUCCUUGCCCCCUGGUGUGCGACACCCUGGUAUCUGGAUCAAGGAUGCUGGUCCUGUUCGUGUGGAAAGCAAGGUGUGGCUUGCCAACCAGCGAACCUUCAUCAAAUGGCUGCACAUCAGUAUCCUGCUCUCCAGUCUGUCUCUGGGCCUUUACAAUGCCGCCGGCAAGCACAACAAGAUUGCUCAGGCUCUGGCUAUCGUAUACACCUUCUUUGCUCUGUUCUCUGCCGCUUGGGGCUGGUACAUGUAUGAGAAGCGCGCCCGGUUGAUACGUCAACGCAGCGGAAAGGAUCUGGACAACAUGUUCGGUCCUCUUGUUGUCUGCAUUGGAUUGGCCGUUGCUCUCGUCCUCAACUUCGCUUUCAAGUACAAGCACAUGUUGGGCCAAGCUCACGACAACGUUCCCAAUGUUGGAGUUCCUGUCCACAGCAACUCAACUGCCUUUGGCAGCGACACCAGUGCCGCCUCCUGGAGACUCAUGAACCAGGCUCAGCAGGUGCUGUAA